ACCGGAGCCGAACAUCCAAUGGGUCAAAUCUCAGCGAGUGUAUUCCCUGACUGGAUCCUGUGAGCAGCUUCUGGACUGAGUGAUUUCCCCGCUGCGAUACACACUUGGCAGCGAAACCUGGAGAGUUUCUUUCUUUUUCCCCCCCCUUCCUAGAAGUUACCUCUAAAAGAAGCGCAGCGAUGACAGCUGAGUUUAUUCCUCGUGGAAGUGACUGAGACCCGCAUCUUUCGAUCAGAUUGACCCUUCUGUGAGGAUUCAAAAGGACAUACAGGAUGAAUUCCGCUUUCCUAGCAGUGUUACUUGGAGUGGUCGGGGCUCUGGCCAAUAAGGAGGCUUGUUUGUCGGGCCAGUAUACAUCCAGGGGAGAAUGUUGCGAGGAGUGCCAGCCCGGCGAGGGCGUCGUCAAACCAUGUGGAGCCACACAGACUGUCUGCGCCCCCUGCCUUGACAGUGAAACCUUCUCAGAAAACUUCAGUCACACAGAAAGAUGUCAGCCCUGCACUGUAUGCACAGGUCUAUUCCGCAUGAAGGCGCCCUGCACAGACUCCAACGACGCCACCUGUGUGUGUAACUAUAGCUACUAUAUGGAUGAAAUUUCUCAGCGGUGUGAGCAUUGCACCAAAUGUCCUGAUGGUCAGGGCAUGCUGCUCAGCUGUCAGUUCGACCAUGACACGACGUGCGAGGAGUGCACCGGGGACACAUACUCGGAUCAGGAAAGUUCUCGGGAGCCCUGCAUCCCCUGCACCACCUGUGAUGACGGCGCAGUGGUGCAUACCUGCACAUCUUUCACUGAUACAGUUUGUCAAGCUCCCACAGUUUACGAAUAUUCAGUGUCUCCCACUCCCUUCUCGAGUAACUCCACGCCCUAUGAUGACCUUCUACCAUACGGCAUCCCAUCAGAGGGCCCUACGGAAACCACCACCCCCACCGUUAAUGGUGAUUCCAAGGAGCCGAUCUACCAUCUGAACGACAAACUCAUCCCCAUCUACUGCUCCAUCCUGGCAGCUGUUGUAGUCGGCCUUGUGGCCUUCAUCAUUUUCAAGAGGUGGAACAGCUGUAAGCAGAACAAGCAAGGAGCCAACAACUGCACAACCAACCAGAACCAGACGCCUUCACCUGAGGGAGAGAAGCUGCACAGUGACAGCGGCAUUUCUGUGGACAGCCAAAGUCUGCAGGAGCAGCAGGGUCAGACUCAGGCACAGACAGUUGUCACCAUGGAUGAAGAGCCCUGUUUGCUCCUUCCUCUCCACACUAGAGAAAAAGUGGAGAAGCUGCUGUUUAAUGGCAGCGAAGGAGACGACCGCAACCACAUGGAGGACAGCGACUGGUGCAACCUGGCGGGCCUGCUGGGAUACGAGGAGGAGCGGAUCGUCACCUUCCAGCAGGAAGAGCAUCCUGUCCGUGCGUUCCUGUCUGACUGGGCGAGCAAGGAGUGCGCCAGCAUCGACACGCUGUGCACGGCACUGCGCAAGAUCAACCGUGACGAUAUCGCCCAGAGUCUGGUGCUAAGCCCAAGUGCCACGAAACCCACCGCCACUUCUGUAGUGUGAUGUAAGAUUAACAGAGAGCAAACCACCUUAACCUUAAUAUUCUUCCAUGGCCUCCCUCACUCCACAUAAUUCAUGCUAGAACCGCUUUAAGCUAUUCCCUGACGAAGCCAGCAGUAGAAUAUCACAAGUCCUGAAGAAUCAUUUCAAGUUUAAUCAAGGGAUAAGACAGGGAGAUGCCAGAAAUUAGACACAACAACUAAAUGAAUACCAAUGUACCUAAGCCAAAUCCCUUCACUUCAUGCGCUUAUUAUCAUUCAUUUUCAUAUUUUAAAAUCCACACAAUGUAAAGCCUAUGUCAAAGGCAAUUGUCAAUAAUCAUUCCAUUUUUGAGCCUGGAUAUCCACCUGCCUUUCCGCACUAUUUGCCAUCCAGCUUACAGUCGUCUGACUUUAUUAACCACGAAGCAGCAAUGGGCUUUGAACUGAAUUUAUUGUGGAUACCUGGCUCUUUCAUUCCUACAACUUGAUCCUCUGCAUCUUUAUUCUUAAACAUUCAUAGUCAGUUUGUCCCUUACUGCCAGCGUUCACAAGCCAGUGUUGUAUCUCUAAAUGUUACUUUACAAAUCUAAGCUACCAAAGAGGAGUAAACGUCUCGAGACCUUUGAGGCAUUAUUUACAUGCCAUGUUAGACUUUUUGAAUUUAAAUAGUCUAGUAGCUUGUGUGUGUUACUGCUGCCUGAUGUGGCCUGCAGACAUCAGAGUAUCUGUAUCUUUGCGAAUAUGACAACCUGAGGAAGAAUGUUGGAUGCUUUUCAAAUGAACUUGUUUUCCUUCAGCAAAGAUUUAAGACAUUGAGCAGCGUGGAAUUAAUCUUAAUUAAGUGGUUUCUGCAGGCUGGUUUCCGUGCUAUAAGAACUCCUGGCUGGACUUGGCCAACUAGGUGGUCUGCGGGGGCCGGUCAUUGACCGAGGCAACAUGAGACACUACUUGUGCUCCGGCCUAACACAGGAGCUCCAACAGUGACUCCUUCAUACUGACCAAUCCUGUACAUACAUAAGCAGACAGGUGCACACAUCAUACACACACUGUACAUACAUACACACGUAGACCUACAAUAUGUAACCAUGCAUGCAAGCACUAUACACACACACACACACACACACACACACACACACACACACACACACACACACACACACACACACACACACACAC